CUCUGUCAGCCACUCUCCCAGAUUUUUCUCUUCCACCCUCAUCGUCGACGAAGUAGCGCUCCAUCCUCUUUCUUAGUUUCUCACUGCUUCAUUCCCUGCUAAAGCUGCAGGCCAGCCGCCAGAGCCUUCGCCGACUACUCAGGAGCAAGUCGCCCGUCCUUUCUCCUCUUGUUUACCCUCCCUGGCAUUCGUCCCAGACAUGUCGUUGCACCGCCCAUCUAUUCUCAACAAGUCGGCUGCUCUGAUGUCCCACCAGCAGUUUUUCCCGCUGACACCUCCUGAGACUGACCCGGGAUCCUUUCUUGCUGGUCAUGCCCAAUGGGACUCUUCGACAACCAUCGACCCAGAACAAGGCCAAGCUCAGUCGUCCAGAACUUACAUACCACGCAAGACAUCCACGUUAUCCUACCAGCAUCCAACCCUAAAGGACACAAGAGACCGUCUUACCCAGCGUACUGCCAAGAAUCUGAUCGUUGUUCUACCACCGCCUGGCUUCCCCGACCACGGCCCGCUUGGGAGCGUUUUAUCAACCGGCCCAAGGCACAGGUUGAACCACGGCAUACUGAUGCCACUAUUUCCUACCGUUUAUGGUCAGCUCACGGCAAUCGCUCGGGAGUUUAACUUCCCAAGUACCGUUGGUAUAUGUCUUUAUCUUCAUAUCGCUGAAAAUGGAGUCACUAUGACCCCUCGCAUAUCUGAUGAUACUUGGCAAACGGUUUGGGGACACCUCUUUGAAGCAUGUUCUCCCGCGUUGAAUCAGCAUUUACCCAUCUGUGGUCGCGUCGAGUUUGAUAUCGAUGUUUCCAAGGCUAGGUGGUACCAUUCGUGGAUUGCUCGUGACAAUGUAGAAGCCAUGUUCCCGCCAGGCGGGUCGAUUUACCAUGGGAGGGGAGAGUCUAGGACCACAUUCGAUGAAUUGAAUGAGGAUCGUCCAGAGAGUAGAAUAUCCAACAACGGCGGCAAGCCCUCAAGACACGUACCAAAAAAGCUUUCGUUAGUCGACAAAUUGGAUGUGUAUUCUGUACCAUCUGGCGGUGGACCUCGGAAGAAUUCAAUUUCUCCAAAGGAGCCCAAACCUUCCCACUCACUAUCCCCUAUCCCGCAGUCCGCUCUGCCUAUACAUGCAGAACUGGAGCAAAAGAUCAAUAAUUGGCGUGCAGUGGCCUCUCAAGCCCCAGAUGCUUUGUUCGAAGCUUACUUACCCGAGUCAAUCAGUCGUCCAACGGAUUAUAUGAACCUCUCUCAGUAUCCCUUGGCGCCAGAAGAGGCUACGGAUGAGCCUACGCAAAACGAGAAGACGCAUUCGAUGUUGGAGAUCAACCUGGAAGACUUCGCCUGGUCUGUGACAUCCGCAGGUCCUCUAAGUUCCUUCGAGUACUGCCCCGAGUCUCCCUACAGGCUUCCUUCUGUGCACUUGGACCGGAGAGCACAAGGUUCCGUCCUUUUGACGCCUACAACGGCGACUAGCUGGGGUCCGCCUGACGACGACGACAUUUCUUUGAUUUCCUAUGCGUCUAGGUACCCAUCUCCAGAUCUUGGGGCACGAAUGAUCGAGGAUUGUCCACCAACCCCUUCAACGGCAACCAGCUGGGGAGCACUGGACGAUGAUGGACUAUCGUUCUUUUCUUACGCUUCAAGAUUCCCUUCUCCUGACAUUGGAGCGCGCAUGAUCGAGAGCUGCCCUCCCACACCGUCAACUGCUACCAGCUGGGGUGCCCCAGACGACGACGGCGUAUCUUACGCAUCUAACGCUUCAAGGUACCCAUCCCCAGACAUCGCUUUCCGCGUACUCGAGGACGUUGACGAGCCCUCAUUCCAUCACGGGGGCAUCAUUUCUACUCCACAUGCGUCUUCCCUUCCCUGGCAUCAUGUCUGGCCAUACAAUGGCAGCGCAGCAUCUCUUCCUUGGCAUCAAGUUUGGCCAUAUCUGCAACGAGAAGGUUAUAGCACGACGGAUAUCGAGGGACCUCACUUCCAGAGGCAUGCGUCAUCGGUAAAGGAUCUAAUCAAGCUUCAGAUAAAUAGCACUCUUUUACCUCAGUACCCACAACUCGAGAUCUACCCACCGGUCUACCCUUAUCUACGUAUAUACCCCGAGGUGAAAGUCAACACUUUUGACGUUUCUUACAAAUUGGGUUAUCCUGUCAUUGUUAUCUAUUCGGCUGUAUACCCGCAUUUCGACAUCUACCCCGUGGUUCAUGAACAUGAUCAGCCCGUCGACAAAUCGCGCGUCUGUGAAUCUGAACACGCAGUGCGUCCUGUGGGGUCCUACUUUCAACAGUAUCCGUAUCUGAGCAUCUACCCGGCCCAGUAUCCCUACAAUCUAGAUGUGAUCUAUCCGGCUUUAGACACCCGAGAGCCAUCCAUUAUUGCCCCUGGGAAGCACCCGAAAUCGACGUCUCAGGUAUCAUGCAGUUUGCCUGUUGUGGUACUGUUACCAGUGGCGUACCCGUCGUUUAAUAUCUAUCCCCAGGUAUAUCCUUACAUUGAACUUUAUCCCUCAGUCCAUAGUGGACCUUCGGUAGAUCGCGACAAUGGUCUCUCAAAGCUGGUAUCGAAUUCACGCCUUGGGCCUGCUUACCCAAUCUUUGAUAUUUACCCUGCCGUUUAUCCAUCCUUCAAUAUUUAUCCUUCCGUCUCAACACUUCGAGCAUCAUCGGUUUCCUCGCUUCUCAAGACCAAAGGCACGGAAGAAAACCGUCAGAUCUCACACAUUGUGUAUCCUUCGCUGAUUAUAUAUCCGCCGGUGUACCCUCACUUUGAUCUGUAUCCCGUUCCUUCUGCCCAGGUUGCUAAAGCUAAGACAACGCAUCCUUCGCCGUUCCCCUUUGAAUAUCCCUUCAUAAUCAUCUACCCCGCGGUCUACCCCCACUUCGAUUUGUACCCAGCUCCUUCGGCACAGCUUGUAGAGUCCAAAGCCUCGGGAGAAACUUCAUUGGUUUCAUGCGAGUAUCCUUUCCUCGUCAUUUACCCUCCUGUAUACCCCCACUUCGACCUCUAUCCAAGGCCUGCGGCCGGGCUUGCGCAGUCUAUAACGUGGGAUGUCCGAGAACAGUACCCGAUCAUCAACAUUUACCCGGCCGUGUACCCGUUCUUUGACCUCUACCCAGCGUUACCAGAAGUGGCUCCUUUAAACCGAACCAGGUGGUCUCAUGCUGAGCUGCACAGUGAGACAUUCCAGGAUGGUCCUGUCCAUACGCCUAGCGGCAGCCUGGAAGCGUCUCGUCGGCCCCGCAAGACACAUGCAGCUUUACAUGACGAAUUUUUUUGCAAUAAAGUGGUCUGGACACCCAGUGGCUACACCCAGGAUAUUACGGCGAUUUGCGACCUCGUCGUGCUGCAACCUAAGCCAGCAACUGAUGCAACUCCAGUAGUUUCGCCUCGACCUUCCCGAGCUCGCUCAGGGACACUGACCCGUGAACGGUUUAUUCCUGCACUCCCGUUCCUCCCCCUCAAAAAUCCGGGUAUCCCACCCCCGCCUCCCAAUCCUCGUUCUCCGCCGCCUCAGUCUCCACCGCCACGCUCACCGACUAGCGUGAAAUUCCCACACUCAAUCAAGUCCCUAGGAUCAACCAUCAUGCAAGCGCGAGGCCCAAGCUCCCCAUCUUCGGAAAUUGGGGAUGAAGUGAGGGAGAUGGUGGCACCCGUGCGAACAAUACGCAAAACACCUUCUCAGCUUGAGAAGCAUAGCUCUUUGAUGAUAUCUAAUAAAGCCCCGACACUUCCUGGACAUCCUGCAUCUGAUCUCCUAGGACGCCCACAGUCUAUGGGACACAGAUCUCGGGAAAGUUUGGUGCUUCAAAGAGCGCGAGCGUACGACAAGACAACUGUCAAUACAAGUGCGCAAGAACCAACAAAGCGCAAUGCGCCUCAAGUCUCGUCUCCUUCUCGACUCCGAAACCCUAGUUUUAGCCAGCGUUCCCGAGACAACACCCCUCCUUAAUCUGUAAUGUAUCAAGGGUUUGUAGUAGCUUAAGGAAAUAUAGAUUAGC